AUGGCCUCAAUCCGAAUUGGCUACGUGCCAGAGCACUACCUCGCUCCUCUCCACCUGGCUCUUCGCUCGCCAGCCGCCUCCUCUCUUCCAUUCAAGAUCACGUUGAUUCCGUUCCCUUCAGGAACGGGGCACAUGAUCACGUCUCUUCGGGAGAAGGAAAUCGAUGUCGCAAUUGGGCUGACCGAGGGGUGGAUUGCUGGAUUGGCUGGUAAGCAGCAGGCUCAGAAGGAUGCUGCCUCGGGGGGUUACAAGGUGGUUGGCCAUUGGGUUGAUACACCGCUGCGGUGGGCGAUUGUCACCGGACGGGAAAGAGAGGAGCUUCACACUGUGGCCGAUCUGAAGGAUAAGAGAGUUGGUGUCAGUCGCCUCGGAAGUGGCUCCCAUAUCAUGUCCUUUGUGCUGGCGCAGAAGCAAGGCUGGAAGCCCGACUCAUUGACACCGGCUGUCCUCGGUCCCUUCCAGGCUUUGCGAAAUGGGGUCACGGGGUACGAUGCCUCGCACCCCGAUCGGUCCACGCCCUCGGCUGAGUUCUUCAUGUGGGAACAUUUUACCACGAAACCGUACUUCCACGCGGACUCGGACAAGCCUCACCCGCCACUGAAGAAGAUCGGUGAGAUCUUCACCCCAUGGCCAUCCUGGCUUAUUGCCGCAUCCACCUCAGCCUUCCCUGACCCCGAACAUGACGAGAGACUCCUGCAACUGUUCCAUGUGCUGGACCAAGGUAUCAAGGAUUUCCAAGCCGACCACGAUAAUGUCGUGAGGCUUCUGGGUACGGGAGAAUUGGGAUGCACGUACGUUGAGGAAGAUGCAAAGGAGUGGCUGAAGGAUGUGAGAUUUACCAGCAGUACAAGGGGCGUGGACCGAAAGGUUGUGGACGGGGUUGUGGACGUCCUCAAGGUCGCUGGGGUCAUUGACCCCGGGAUGUCGAACGAUGAAGCCGCCGAGAGGGUGAUUGGCAUUCCUCGGCAAGUCAUUUCAUUCUUUGACUGGGAAUACGUCAAUCCGCCUGUCUUUUUCCCCAUGUCUUUUCUUGCACAGCUUCUUGCCUUGACGGCAGCGGCAACUUCUCUGGAAGGAGUGUAUGCCAAACUCGAUCUCUCGUCUUCCUCCAACGUCGCAGUAUACUGGGGUCAGAAUUCUUUCCGGGGAACCGGAGAUUUGGCGCAGCAGCGUCUUUCCUACUACUGUGAUGGUGAGUCAAUCAUGUCUAAAUACUUCCAGGCUAAUAUGUUGAUGGAAACCUCACUAGACCCUAAGAUUGAUGUGUUUGAACUCGCGUUUCUCAUGAGAAUCAACGGCCAGGGUGGCGUUCCUGAAAUCGACUUUUCCAAUGCGAACGACAAUUGUACAGUUUUCAACGAUACCAACCUUCGCAAAUGCCCUCAGAUUGGGGAGGAUAUUACGACGUGUCAGAAGAAAGGAAAGACCAUUCUGCUUUCUAUUGGCGGGGCCACAUACAGUGAAGGAGGCUUCAGUUCAGAAUCCGCUGCGAAGGCUGGUGCCGAGUUGGUCUGGCAGACCUUUGGACCUCCCUCCCUCAACGCGACGGCCCGUCGGCCGUUCGGGAAUGCGACGGUAGACGGGUUUGACUUUGAUUUCGAGGCCACCGUCAGUAAUGUUGCUCCGUUCGCGAACAGGCUUCGCGAAUUGAUGGAUGCCGAUCAUAGCAAACAAUAUUUCUUGACGGCUGCACCUCAAUGCCCGUACCCCGACGCCGCCGAUAAGGAUAUACUCAAUGGACCGGUGUCCAUUGACGCUGUGUUCGUCCAGUUCUACAACAACUGGUGUGGAUUGAAUUCGUUUGAGGCCGGAGCAAGCAAGCAGAGCAGCUUCGAUUUUGACGCCUGGGACAACUGGGCCAAGACGGUCUCUCAGAACAAGAAGGCCCAGGUAUUCCUGGGUGUGCCCGCGAACACUGGGGCAGCAGGCUCAGGCUACGUGCCCGUGGAGACUCUGAAGUCGAUCAUCGAAUACAGCAAGACUUUUAGCAGUUUUGGCGGCGUGAUGAUGUGGGACGUCACCCAGGCCUACGGCAAUAAGGGCUUCCUCGACGGCGUCGCCCAAGCGCUGGGCAAGACUGCGUCCCGCAUUCGCCGUUCGUACAGCUACCGACCUUACGGCUGGUUCUGA